AUGGCCGAACCGCAAGGCUUCCUCAAGCUUCCCCGCGAACUGCGCGAUCAAAUUUACGAAGACUACUUCACGCUUGAAGAUGGGUACCAUUACAACCACAAGACGAACAAGCUGCUCAAAGCGAAGGCUGAGGUGAUUGACCUCGAUCUUAGGCUUACAUGCCGUCAGGUCGCAGCUGAGACCCGUGGUCUUGCUCUAAAGCUGAAUACAAUCAACUUCUCGACCGUGUGCGACGAAAACCUUUGCCAACGGGCUGGCCGAUUCAACGCGAUCCAGAUAAUCAUCAACCAACUCAAGGCAAAGUAUCUGCUAUGGCACGCUCCGUGGACUGGUCUCAUUGAUAGCGCAAUAUGCGACUACGUGGAAAAAUACCAUUCGGCGUUCUUGCCCACCAUUCAGACAAUGCAGUGUUUUGGACGCAAUGGAAUCGGUCGUAACCUCAAUGAAUGGAAGGAGAUCCCGUCACAAACCCGACAUUUCAUCGCGUCCACAUUGGAAGCCAUUGCGGCAAAACCCGAAUUCGAAGACGCCGUAAGUCGGGACCGACAUUGGAAGGGGUCCGCAUACACGCCAAGUCCCGAUCCGGUGCCUGUGGUAGAGUACAGUCAUCCACCAUGGAUGUUCCCAAGUGAGGACGACAUUUCCGAUAUGCUCGAACUCAUAGACCCUGUAUGCGUCGAGGCCAGCUAUUCCAAACCGUGGCUAUAUUGGGAUCAAGAACAAUAUAGGUUCUCGGCAGCGACUGCAGCCAUCCGCUUCCUGGAGUCUAUGCCCGCUGAAACGCGACUAGCAAUGCGCAAUCUAGUGCUACACGAAGAUCAUGAGUCUGUCGCAUGGCCUGAGUGCCAUGGUCAGGGCUUGAUACCAUUCUGCCAAGAGAACUCUGACUUGCAUAUAGAACGUCGAAUCAGCCUUUAG